AUGGGCGAAGAUAAGAACGGAACAGAAGAGAACGUAGCAGCUAAUGAGGAAGAAGAAGCGCCAGAACUACAACCAGACCCAGACGAGGACAACAUGCAAAAACAAAUGAACACUAUCAACAAAGAACUUGCGAAGAAAUAUUCAGACCACGCGAUACGCCAACGUGAGAAUGAGAAGAACUCAUAUAUUAUACAAAGUAUUAAGAACUCUAACUCUGGCAUCAGCGUGAAGGAGUUUAACGAAGAAACACUUCUGGCCGAAUCGAAGACUGUGGCUAGAUUCUCGCCAGUAUGGAAACAGACCCUGGCCGCGUCUGCAGCUAUCAUCAUGACUUUCACAGCUGGACUCACUUCGGGUUACUCCGCCAUACUUCUGCCUCAACUGAGAGCUUCCAACACGAUACCCUGUGAUGAAAGUACCGCUUCAUGGAUUGCGGCUAUGGCAGCUCUUCCUAUGGCACCGGGGUGCCUCAUCGCCGGUUGGCUCAUGGAGAAAUUCGGAAGAAGAAAUGCACACUAUAUGAUCUGCGCACCUUUCUUACUUGGUUGGAUCCUCAUUGCCGCAGCUAACAACCUCGCUCUCAUACUCCUCGGAAGAUUCUUUACGGGACUUUGUGUUGGUCUCAUUGGACCCUUAGGACCAGUCUUCAUAAGUGAAACAUCCAGUCCACAGUUGAGAGGUAUUUUCCUCGCGGGAAUAUCUUUAGCCAUCGCUUUUGGCAUCUUUGUCGCUCACCUAAUUGGUACUUACGUUCACUGGCAAUGGACAGCUAUCGUUUGCUGCAUAUUCCCAAUAAUAUCUGUGAUACAACUAAGUUUUAUUCCUGAGAGUCCAACAUGGCUAAUUUCAAAAGGCCAAAUUGAAGAUGGCGUUAAAGCUUUCAGUUGGUUACGAGGCUAUGAUGAUGAAGCUAGAGCUGAACUAAAAGCUAUCAUAGACAAAAGAAAAGCGGCUGACUUGGAACCUAUACCAACUUUACGGGAAAAAUUAAACAACUUAAAAUCGCCAGAACUCUUGAAGCCAUUAUUUAUUAUGAUUGCAUUUUUUGUGACCUGCCAAUUUUCAGGCGUCAACGCUGUUGCAUUUUAUUCCAUAGAGAUUAUAGAGAAGGCGGUCGGCAAAGGUAUUGAUCAUUACGUAGCGAUGUUGGCGAUUGACUCUUUACGUACAGUAAUGUCGGUUGUAGCUUGUAUAACUUGCAAGAAAUAUGGUCGUAGACCAUUGUGCAUGAUUAGCGGAGUUUUCACUGCUUUAUCAAUGGUUGGGCUUUCCAUGUUUUUAUACUGGGCUGAUGGAAAGCCAACCAACAUGACAUGGAUUCCAUUAUCAUGCCUGAUGACUUACAUAUGUGCCAUUUCGAUAGGACUUGUUCCGUUACCCUGGAUGAUGUGUGGGGAAGUUUUCCCAACGAAAGUUCGUGGACUUGGAUCCGGCAUAAGUUCUGCAACAACUUUUGUUGCCUUCUUUAUUGUAGUCAAAACCGCCCCUGGUAUGAUGAAAAGCCUUGGAGAAGUAGUGACAUUCAUGUCUUACGGUAUUAUAGCACUUAUCGGUACUGGUAUCCUAUACUUUAUAUUACCAGAGACUAAAGGAAAAAGUCUACAAGAAAUUGAAGAUAAAUUUAAGAGUGGUAAAAUAAGCAUAGCC